UGAUUUCCCCAGCUUCGCAGUACCGUAGCACCCGUGAUGGCAGAGAGAAAGCCCUCCUCCGAGUUCCUUUAAUAUGCUCCCGGUUUGGGGGAUAAAGGAACCACCGGACCAGUCUCAAAAUGACCACCGGCUUCAGCUCCGGUUCCUGCCGAUUCGCAGAUUAUUUCGUGAUCUGCGGACUCGACACCGAGAGCGGGCUGGAACCCGACGAACUGUCCGCUUUAUGCCAGUAUAUUGAGGCUACUAAAUUCAAAGAUGGGGCCAGAGGAAAUUUGGCGGGGACAGAUGAAGGUGAGAAUUUUGAGCAGAGUCCAUUGCGGAGAACCUUCAAAUCCAAAGUCCUAGCACAUUAUCCAGACAAUGUCGAGUGGAAUCCAUUUGACCAGGAUGCAGUUGGCAUGCUCUGCAUGCCCAAGGGUCUGGCGUUCAGGACGCAGGUCGAUCCCCGCGAGCCCCAGUUCCACUCCUUCAUCAUCACCAGGGAGGACGGCUCGCGGACGUACGGCUUCGCCCUCACCUUCUUCGAGGAGGUGACCAGCAAGCAGAUCUGCAGCGCCAUGCAGACUCUCUACCACAUGCACAACGCGGAGCAGUACGACAUCUUGCACACUCCCACCUCCCCGCCGGCGCCGGAGCACCAUCGACACCAACACGCCGCGCCGCGCCACGUGCUCCACGCCGCGCCCGCCAUCUCGCGCCUGCAGCGCUUCAACUCGUACGACAUCAGCCGCGACACGCUCUACGUGUCGAAGUGCAUCUGCCUGAUAACGCCCAUGCCUUCCCCUCAGGCCUGUAGGAAGGUGCUGCAGCAGCUCCACCAGGCCGUGUCGUCCCCCCCAGCCUCCCCCCUGCCGCUGGAGAGCUUCAUCUACAACAUCCCUCUACGAGGGUGCCCCUGCCGCCCCUCGGGGGCGGUCGCUCAAAGUUCUCCCGGCGUGUACGGGCCCGUGGUGUGCCAGAGGCCCAGCACGUCGGAGCUGCCGCUCUUUGACUUUGCCAUCGGGGAAAUGUUUCACCUGCUGGGGGUGGAGAACGUCCUCCAGCUGUUCACCUGCGCCCUGCUGGAGUUGCAGAUACUGCUCUACUCGCAGCAUUACCAGAGGCUGAUGACGGUGGCAGAGAGCAUCACAGCCUUAAUGUUCCCCUAUCAGUGGCAGCAUGUGUACGUUCCCAUUCUGCCCGCCUCCCUCCUCCACUUCCUGGACGCCCCCGUGCCGUAUCUCAUGGGCCUCCACUCCAACGGCCAGGACGACCGCACCAAGCUGGAGCUGCCGCAGGAGGCUAACUUGUGUUUCGUGGACAUUGACAACCACUUCAUCGAACUGCCGGAGGAGUUGCCCCAGUUUCCCAACAAGCUGGAGUUCAUUCAGGAGAUCUCGGAGGUACUCCUGUCCUUUGGCUUGUCUCCAGAGGGAAGUAUCCACUCCGGUGUGAGCCAGGCCAAGUACCGCGGGUUCCGAUCUGUUGACAUGGUCUCCGACAAGCGCAACGGCAACCUGGCCUCGCCACUCAACUCCUACCUGCUGAGGGAGAACGAAACCAUCGCCCGACUGCAGGCUCUGGUCAAGAGGACUGGUGUCAGCCUGGAGAAGGUGGAGGCGAGAGAGGACGCCAGCAGCAACAAGGAGCUGCGGGUUCAGUGUGACGAGGAAGAGCUGAAGAUGCACAAGAUCAACAUCCAUCUGCGCGAGGUCUUCGCCAACCGGUUCACCCAGAUGUUUUCAGACUACGAGGUGUUCGUGAUCCAGCCGAGUCAGGACAAAGAGUCCUGGUUCACCAAUCGAGACCAGAUGCAGAACUUUGACAAGGCCUCCUUCCUGUCUGACCAGCCGGAGCCCUACCUGCCCUUCCUGUCCCGCUUCUUGGAGACGCAGAUGUUUGCCUCCUUCAUCGACAGUAAGAUCCUCUGUCACGACGAUGAGGAGAAGGAGCACACGCUGAGGGUGUUUGACUACCGCGUGGAUAAGAUUCGCAUGCUGAACGUCCGCACGCCCACGCUGCGCACCUCCAUGUACCAGAAAUGCACCAACAUCGAGGAAGCGGAGAGAGCCAUCGAGAUGAGAGUCAUGAAGAUUGACCACACCGCCCUGCACCCGCACCUGCUGGACAUGAAGAUCGGUCAGGGACGCUACGAGCAGGGCUUCUUCCCCCGCCUUCAGUCUGAUGUGCUCUCCACUGGGCCCACCAGCAACAAAUGGACCAAGAGGAGUGCUCCCGCCCAGUGGAGGAGGAGGGAUCGACAGAAGCAGCACGCGGAGCACCUUUACCUAGACAACGACCAGAGGGAGCAUGUAGAGUGUUUGCUUCCCGAGCGGCAGCUCCUGCUGUUUCUUGACUACUACUGGCUCUCACAGUCCUUCCAGCCAUGUCUAAAGUCGGUUACAGUGGAUGUGAAGUACAUCCAGGAAGCCAGGAACCUGGGCACAACCAUCAGACAGCCCAAGUUGUCAAACCUGUCGCCUUCUGUCAUCGCUCACACUAACUGGAAAUUUGUUGAAGGACUGCUGAAGGAGUGCAGGAACAAGACCAAGCGUAUGCUGGUGGAGAAGAUGGGUCGGGAGGCCGUGGAGUUGGGCCACGGAGAGGUCAGCAUCACCGGUGUUGAAGAGAACACUCUUAUUGCGAGCCUCUGUGACCUCCUGGAGAGGAUCUGGAGCCACGGGCUGCAGGUCAAACAGGGUAAAUCUGCCUUGUGGUCCCACCUGCUGCAUUAUCAGGAGAGCAAAGAGAAGAAAAAUGCAACUCCAGGUUGUUUGGGACCUCCAGGUUUCAUUCAUGACACAGAAAGACGCAAAUCUGAUGGUGGUGGAGCAGCAAUGCCACCUCUUAAAGUCUCCCUGACACAGGACAUGAGACACAUUCAGAACAUCAGUGAGAUAAAGACAGAUGUGGGCAAAGCCAGAGCCUGGGUUCGCCUCUCUAUGGAGAAGAAGCUGCUCUCCAGACACCUGAAGCAGCUGCUUUCAGAUCACGAGCUGACCAAAAAACUGUACAAGCGAUACGCCUUCCUCCGCUGUGAUGAUGAGAAGGAGCAGUUUCUCUACCACCUCCUGUCCUUCAAUGCCGUGGACUACUUCUGUUUCACCAACGUCUUUACCACCAUCAUGAUCCCCUAUCACGUAGUGGUGGUGUCCAGUAAGAAGCUGGGGGGCUCCAUGUUCACAGCCAACCCUUGGGUGUGUGUUUCUGGCGAGCUGGCAGAGACCGGAGUCCUGCAGGUCCCCAGAAACACUCUGGAGAUCACCUUCGAGUGCCAGAACCUGGGAAAGCUCACCACGGUGCAGAUGGGUCACGAUAACACGGGGCUCUACGCCAAGUGGCUGGUGGAGUGCGUGGUGGUCCGUAACGAGAUCACGGGCCACACUUACAAGUUUCCGUGUGGCCGGUGGUUGGGGAAGGGCGUGGACGACGGCAGUCUGGAGAGGAUCCUGGUGGGGGAGCUGAUGACCCCCAGCACAGAGAACGAUGAAAGGAUGUGCCGCACCCCCCCGAUGCAGCAGUCACCCGGGAUGAUGAGGAGGUUUGUUACCAUCUCGCCAAACAGCAGACCAAAGUUAAACACAGGUCAGAUCCAGGAGGGAGUGGGGGAGGCCAUCAAUGGGAUCGUGAAGCACUUCCACAAGCCAGAGAAGGAGAGAGGAAGUCUCACCCUCCUCCUUUGUGGGGAGUACGGCCUCGUCUGGGCCCUGGAGCAGGUUUUCCUGCAUGGUUUCAAAUCCCCGCGACUCUUUAAGAAUGUUUUCAUCUGGGACUUCUUGGAAAAGUCCCAAGUAUAUUUUGAAAGUGCAGAGCAGCGGGAGGAGACUCCAGAUGAAAACUGGCAAACCCGAGUGCGCCACUUCUGCCGCUUCACGCGCGCCAUCAACAACACGUCCAGAAACAUCGGCAAGGACGGGAAGUUCCAGAUGCUCGUCUGUUUGGGUGCAAGGGACCAUUUGCUGCAUCACUGGGUCGCUCUGCUCGCAGACUGUCCAAUCACCAAUCAGAUGUAUGAAGAGAUCGCACUGAUGAAGGACCGCUCUUUGGUGAACUCUCUAAUAAGAGUGCUACAGACCCUGCAAGAGUUCAACAUCACCCUGGAGGCUUCGCUUGUCAAAGGUGUUGGUAUCUAAAAACAAACCAACUUCCCACCAGUUGUAUCUGACCAGGACGGUUUCUCACAGUUGGGACCACUAAAAAGAAUAACGUUACCUUUUAUAUGGAGGAAAAGACUUGAACAAAGGACAUUUUCUGGCUUAUUUUAAAGCUACUGUUACAUUUGCCAUAUAUUAAGUGCAAUGAGCCUUUCAAAAUGUGUUGUUAUUUUUAUCCUCAAUGAUGAUGCCAUUAGAUGUUAAAAAUAUGUUUUCUAUUAUGAACCAUCCUUUUCACAUUAUUGACCAUGACUUACUUGUGCUAUAAUGUUUUAUUAAAAGCUAAAUGUUUUCGUUUUUUCUUGUGAACUGCUGACAAUGGCUAUAUUUAAGGAAAAGCGAGGAUCAAAACUUCCUAUAUUUUCAGAGAAAAACAGUAUUAUUUUGUUAAAUCAGUCAAGUUGCUUGCUCUGUUGUCAACUCGGGAUUCCAAUGUCACUACACAGAGCUUGAAGCAAAUUAUGUAGAAGUAUGCUUUAUAAGUAUGUGUAUGACAGGGGGGGGGGUGGGUUCAGAGAAUGAUUUAUAUACAUCAACAUUAAAAGGCUGUCACAUUUGAGUCUCUCCCUGUGAAAUGUACUGCUGUGCAGAUCUUUUAAAUGGAAUGCCCUAAGUAAAGUAUCUGGUCCUUUUUGCACGUUAAUAAGACUGUGAGGCUUCACCUUGUGUUCAGUGAUGGACGGUGUAUUGAUUUGGAUAAAGGGAAAUACCCCACGUCUUUGGCUUGUGUUCCAGAUACAAGUCUUCCAAGAGAAAGCCUCGUGUAAAUACCUCCAUGGCCCUCUCCCCCGUCCUAAAUCCCAGCCCUUACACUACAGCCCUCUUCUCUGGUUAAAACGGUGUGAUGAUGUGUGUCGACUCCUGAUGAAGGACGAUCUCCUGCUUCCCACGUGGGGAACAAAAAGGACAGCUCUUUCCUGCUCCUGACUUUGCCAUGAUGGUUUCUUGCUAUGCAAUAUCCACAACGGAAAAUUCAACCCCGUACAGACACAUGGUGUUACCGGGCCCUAUUCUGAACGUUAUUGUGCAGAAGAUGAGAUUUAAUAUGUGAAGGCAUUCUUUUCUGUGCCAACAACUGUCUGGAACGACUGUGUUGUACUCGUCUGUGUACGACCCACACAUGAGCAUCUUGGGAGAUAUAUAUUUUUGUUUUCCAAUACCGUUGUACAUUUAUUAACAUAGCUGUGUAAUGUAGUGUUUACUAAGUGAGCAGCAGUGUACAGUGUAAAAAUAUAAAAAGAAUAAAGCAUAUGUAACGCAUUAAAGUACAUUUAAUUGUAA